AUGUUGGAGGAGAAAAUAUUGAAUUAUUUUGUUCGACUUCGAACUCUUUUAAUUCAGACUAAUACACCACUUGUGGAAGAUCAAUGUGCAGUGAUUAAUAUCGGUACUGAAUUACCCGAUACGAGAAGAUAUGCCUAUGUUCUGUUUAGAGGUAUUGGUGAUGAUAUUCAGAUUGGUGAACUUGUUUUACAAAAGAACGUUCGUUUAGGAUCCACUGAAUUAGGUUUACUUGCUACAGUUGGACUACAAAUAAUACAUGUUUUUGAGAAACCACGUGUAGUCAUUCUUUCAACUGAUAGUAAUAAAAUCAUUCUUAUGAGUGCAUUAAAAGAUUUGAAUAUAUGA